AUGGCGCAUGUCGAGCACGUUGAGGGCGAAGGCAGCAUGGCACAAGUGAACUUGGAGGACCAGCAGGACCAGUCCAGUGAAGAGCUCACAGCGGCAGUGGCAGCAUCUCUACAGGCUCGACAGAGGCACAGAAUUGUGCAAUUGGAAGAAAGGUUAGAGGUUCUCGAGGUGGGGCGUGCAGCUAAAGAAAGGCAAUCGAACCAUUAUAUGGCUCAAGGGAGGGCGAUCCGGCGUAUUGUCUCUUUGUUUGACAAUGUUGAGGAUCUCGUCACCGAGAAUGACCGAAGAUACGACCUGACCGGUGAUGAAGAAGUCAAUGUAGAUCAAGACCGACUGCAGGUAGGGUACGUCACCCUCACCCAUACCCUGCCAUGGUUCCAUAAAAAGGCCGUAGAGAUGGAGUAUGACGAGUAUGUGUACAUGAUGAAAAUGGUUGGUUUUAUAUGUGUCGAUGAUAGGCAUUGUGACGACACCUCAAAACUCAAGGCACUCAUUUCCGAAUGGGUAAACCGAGAGUUCAAGCCAGAACACCCUGUCGACCCAGACAAUAAGCAUUCACAUGGAUUCAUCAACGAUGCAUGUGGUAGGUUGCUCUGCCUGGCCAAAAUUGACUGGAACAACCCAAUCGCAAGGGCAGGAAUUCGGGAUCGCACGGAUGGCUAUAUUGUGACGGAUCUGUCCUUCCCAGCAUUUCUAUAUGAUAAGUACACCGCCAAUCCGGAUGAUCUGGAGGAGGGGCUUUUUAAAGGCAAAAUUCUUCUUCAGGACAUCGAGGGCGAUGGUGACGGGGCCGAUGUCAUCCAAAACAACAUACUCGCUAAGAAAUCCGCUGCUGGUGUCAAAGUCAAGAAACACGUAAUGCAGAUCAUCAAGAUGAGAAAAGUCACUCCUCAGUCUAUCGCCUACAUUGUAUGCCAAGUAAAUUCAUUUGGCGAGCGGUCCGUUGAUGGGGAUUUUGAUUACAUUCAGUUUUGGCGGACUAUCAUGGACUUCUUCGAAUGUCCCCCUGGUCAAGAAGCACGUUGUAGGGUCGACAGACUCCUGGGGUGGUGGACGAGGAAAGUGUUUGGAAGGAACUACCGCGAAGACCUUAGUAGUACAGCAAAGGAAAAUAUGUCUGUUAAUGCCCUCGCAAGGCAGAGGGCACAGCGUGACGACCUCAGUUUUGAUUCACCAUGA